UUGGUGGGCGGUUUCCCGCGCCGAGCGCAGAGCUGGCCACUGCGCUGCCGCCUCGCUCGCAGCUGCGCCGGGCCCGCAGCCGAGCCCCGCGUUCCGGAGUCGCUGCAGCCCGCGGCAGGUGAGCCCCGCGCGCUCCGCGGUGCCCAGACCCCGCUCACGGAAAGCCGGGGGCGCGGUCAGCUCGCCGCGCGGGGGGCCCAGGGCCGCCGCCUCCUCCUCCCCCCACGCAAGGCGCCGCAGCUGAGCGAAGCCACAGACCCCCUGGUCUUUGCCUGUUGCCCUCAUGAGAAAAACCAACAUGUGGUUCUUGGAACGGCUUCGAGGGUCCGGGGACAACGGAGCCAGCCGAGGGGUGGGUGGUGAGGCUGGGGACAAGGCCUCCAAGGGCCCUCUAUACAGCAACGUGCUGACGCCGGACAAGAUCCCCGACUUCUUCAUCCCCCCCAAGCUGCCCUCAGGCCCCGCCGAGGCCGAGGGGCAGGCAGACCUGGGCCCGUCCACCUCGGAGCAGAACCUGGCCUCACCGGGGCCCCGCCGAGCCCCGCGGAGCCCCCGGCUGCCUGUCAAGCUGGCCUCGGAGAGCAGGAGCCUGCUGAAGGCGGCCACACGACACGUGAUUCAGAUAGAGAGCGCGGAGGACUGGACCGCCGAGGAGGCCACCAACGCCGACCCCCAGGCCCAGGGGGCCAUGUCACUGCCCUCUGUGCCCAAGGCCCAGACAUCCUAUGGCUUUGCCACCCUGGCCGAGAGCCCCCACACCCGACGCAAGGAGUCCCUUUUCCACAGUGAGCACGGGGCCCUCGCCCAGGUGGGCUCCCCCGGUGCCGGGCGCCGGCGAGCAGGUGCCAAGGCCAACGGGGGUGAUGGGGGGUCCCGGGAGGCUGGGGGGGCCCUGAUGAGCCCUAGCCGCUACUUCAGUGGUGGGGAAAGCGACACGGGGUCCUCUGCUGAGUCCUCCCCCUUCGGGUCCCCUUUGCUCUCUCGCUCUGUGUCGCUGCUUAAGGGCUUCGCCCAGGACAGCCAAGCCAAGGUGAGCCAGCUGAAGCACUCGGUGGGCCGCCAUGGCUCCCUGUCUGCCGACGACAGCACCCCAGACACUAGCCCAGGGGUCCGUCGCCGCUUGACCCGCAGGGCCACCCCGGAACCAGGCCCCGAGUCUGGCCAGGCACCACGUGGAGAGCACACAGUGCGGAUGGGCACCAGGGGCAGCGUGAGGCUGCUGGCCGAGUACGAGGCGGCUCAGGCCCGCCUGCGUGUGCGCCUGCUGGCGGCCGAGGGCCUGUAUGACCGGCCUUGUGACGCCCGGAGCAUCAACUGCUGCGUGGGGCUGUGCCUGGUGCCCGGGAAGCUGCAGAAGCAGCGGAGCACCAUCAUCAAAAACAGCCGCCACCCCAUCUUCAACGAGGACUUCUUCUUUGACGGCCUGGGCCCGGCCAGCGUGCGCAAGCUGGCCCUCAGGAUCAAGGUGGUCAAUAAGGGUAGCAGCCUCAAGCGGGACACACUCCUGGGGGAGGAGGAACUGCCACUGACCUCGCUGCUGCCCUUUCUGUGAGGUCACCGGCUCCUCCCCCUCCGCACUCAGCUCAGCUGGGGGGAGGGGUGGGCGGGGCCUGUGGCCCUGUGGUUCCCUGGGUCUCUCUCUCUUCGUGGAUCGCUCUUUUCCUGGGAGAAGAUGGGCUGCAGGCGCCAAGCACUGCUCUGCUGGCCGGCAUCCCUCCCCCUCCACCCCCUGUGAUAACUGCCUGACCCUUCCAUCUAGAGCUGUGGGGUCCCAGGAUCCCGGGUACCUAAGGCAGCUGGGACCCCGAGCUGAGUUCCCUGAGGGGCUGGCCUUGUUUUUUCCCCCCCUUCGCUGCACCGGGGUGAUUUCCCUCACAGUCUGGUUGCUAUACUCUCUGCUCAGACGCUCUGAGAACCCCUCUGUGACACCCCCCAGUCUGUGGGAGGUCAUCUUCCUUGGCCAGGCUGGCUUCAGGUCGACCCAGCCUCUCAGGUUCUGGGGCUGGGGUUCCAUCCAGAGCCACAGGAGGGCUUGGCCUUCUGGCUGGAGCUGGGGAGACUGGAAGGCCGGGGCGCAGGCACUCGAGCGGAGGGAGGCAGUGUCUCCUGGCUCUUGGCUCCUUGGCACAGGCUUCUCCCCACUCCUGCUGGCCAAUCAGAGCCCCCUGUAACCCAGAGCUUCGGCCUCAAGCCUCUGACUCCCUCCGCGUCCUGCAGGCUGCAGACAAGCUGCCUUCCCAGGAUGCCCUUCGCUCCCGAGUGUAAAUAGGCUGCGGCGGUGGGUGGAGGAAUGGGGCUGGGCUGUGAGUGGUUUCCCUGCCCGGGAAACCCCCCUGGGGUGGGAUUCACGGCUCCCUGAAUGGCUACUGUGUUUUGCACGGACUCUGGCUCAGAACAGAAUGGACUGUCUGUUGGGCACUGAUGGACCAGGGAGGGUCCCGUAUCCUUCCUCUUUUGCUAUCUUCAAACUCCAAAAGCCCAAGUCCCUCUAGAGAAGGGCAUGGGAGCUGAUUCCUUAGGGGCCCUGGAGGCGCAGCCCGCCGAGUGGCACCUUGGAGUUGACUACUCCCUAUGCCUGGUCCCCACUGUCUCUGGAACUGGGCAGCACCCAGGACCUGGUCAGUCGGGAUAGACAGAGGUACCCAUGGAUCCCCUGCUAUUUUGUCUCCCAUCCCCUCUCCCUCGUGGGGUCCUGUUUUCUAUACUGUUUGAUAUCUCUGUGUUUGCAGUUGACUGUGUGUGAAUCUUGAAGACGCCUCCCCCAAAUGUGUUUGUUUAUAAUGCCGUUUUUAGUGCAGUAAAGGUGUUUGGGAGUGCGGGGG